GGAGGCAGAGAAGACGGUCCAAUAGUCAACAGGUGACGUAAAACGUUCUAUCGAAUAGCAGACGAGCGCGUUCGAGACGCCCAAUCAGCGCAGGGCGGCGUUAUGGCUUAAAAAGGCCGCGUUCGCGUGCGCAGUUUAUUCUGUUUUUCUAUCCGCGAAGUGCAGAGUUUGACGCUAUGGCAAGAACCAAGCAGACCGCCCGUAAGUCCACCGGUGGCAAGGCGCCAAGGAAGCAGCUCGCCACUAAGGCUGCCCGCAAGAGCGCGCCGGCUACCGGCGGCGUGAAGAAGCCUCACCGUUACAGGCCCGGCACCGUGGCUCUGAGGGAGAUCCGCCGUUAUCAGAAGUCUACUGAGCUGCUCAUCCGCAAGCUACCCUUCCAGCGCCUGGUGAGAGAAAUCGCUCAGGACUUCAAGACCGACUUGCGUUUCCAGAGCUCGGCCGUCAUGGCCCUGCAGGAAGCGAGCGAGGCAUACCUGGUCGGUCUGUUCGAGGACACCAACCUGUGCGCUAUCCACGCCAAGAGAGUGACCAUCAUGCCCAAGGAUAUUCAGCUGGCCCGCCGUAUUCGCGGAGAACGCGCUUAAACCACAACUCCGUCUAGUAAACACAAAGGCUCUUUUAAGAGCCACUU